AUGGCCCAAGAUUAUUUUUCCAAAAACGGCGAAUCCUCGUCCAGCGGGGAGGGAUCCUCGAAUGCGCGACAUGACGAAAGAGACCCCCAGGAAAACCAGCCCGCCUGGGCAACACCGCAAUAUCUCACCGUCGGCAACGGUGCCAGAUCGUCAGCUGCAGAGGCGUUGGUUUCCUCUUUGAAUCGCGACUCGGGUUACGGAGACAGCGUUUCCGGAGACAGCGCGUUGGCAGGUGGCGACCUUACCGACUGGCGCGCUGGACUUCUAGAGGACCAGCCUUCGCCUGCCCCUUCAUCCACCCUGGCUUCCUCGGGUGAUCGACAGAUGUUUUCGAGCCAGGUCCUUCAAUUUCAAUACAACAACAAUCGUAUGAAUCUGGGUCGAGCCAUUACACGUACAAUCGAGACGUUGAAGGAACUACAGGACAUGAAUCGGCAAUGGCCGGCUAUUUACCCGUCUGUUCAGCCUUCGCAACGGCCUUCUUUACAUCAUACCCAAUCCGAUUACACAGGGGCCGAUAACUCAGACUCACGACCUGCACCACUGAAGCGUGCAAUGACAACUAUAGGCGAGGAAGACGUGGCAGAAUCAAGUGCCUCCGCCGACCGUCGUGUGUCAACCGAGCCGAGGUUAAUGACACCUCAGAUAGCUCAAGAGUUCUCUAUCUUGAAGCUCGACCUCAAACUGGGUGCUCUUUCUCAAGCAGAAUUGGUCCACUCGCUGGAGAAGACAUCAAUUGCUUCAUUGUUGGACGGCAAAAUUAGCCAGAGCGUCAAACACCUCUUGUCGCUCCGUGACCGCAUUGAAGACAAGUCUAGCAAAGUCUUGGUGACUGGAGAUCUCAAUGCUGGAAAAUCCACUUUCUGCAAUGCCUUGUUGCGCCGCAAGAUCCUGCCGGAAGACCAGCAACCCUGCACCAGUAUCUUUUGCGAAGUCCUCGACGCCAGACAAAAUGAUGGAGUCGAGGAGGUCCACGCCAUCCACAAAGAUCAAUUUUACAAUCGAAACGACGAGAGCACCUACGACGUCUUUGCGCUUUCAGAUCUUGAAAACAUUGUAAUCGACAAUUCAAAGUACAUGCAAUGCAAGGUUUACGUGAAGGACGUCAGAACAAUCGACGAGUCAUUGCUCAACAAUGGAGUAGUUGACAUUGCGCUCAUUGACGCGCCUGGACUGAAUUCUGACUCGGUCAAGACAACCGCAGUGUUCGCACGCCAAGAAGAAAUCGACGUUGUCGUUUUUGUCGUUUCUGCUGCCAACCACUUUACCCUUUCUGCCAGAGACUUCAUCAUAAAUGCCGCUCACGAAAAGGCAUAUAUGUUUAUGGUCGUCAACGGUUUCGACAAUAUCAGGGACAAAGACAGGUGCCAGCGAAUGGUAUUGGACCAAAUAGGAAAGAUGAGUCCCCAGACACACAAAGAUGCAGCUGAGCUUGUUCACUUUGUUUCAAGCAAUGCCAUCCCUGUCGCCCCAGGAGCUGUGGUGAGCUCGGGAUCUGGGAACGGAGGCCCGGGCGGUGAUCCCGGUGAUGGUGAUGACGGUGACGAUGGAGAUGAGCACGGAUCCAAGGAUAAAGGAAAAGGCAAAGAAAAGGAAAAAAUCGAGGACUUUGAAAAGCUUGAGAGCGCAUUACGACGAUUUGUGCUUGAGAGGCGUGCGCGGUCGAAACUGGCUCCAGCUAAAACCUAUCUUCUCAACGUCCUGGCUGACCUCAAUGCAUUGGCAUCCGUCAACCGUGAUGUCGCCGACUCGGAGCUCCAGCGCGUCAGCACAGAGCUUGAGGAUAUUAUCCCGGCAUUCGAAGAUAAACAGAAACAAAAGGAAGUCGUUGAAACAAGUGUCAAAGAAACGAUAGAGAAAUCUUGGGAAGAUGUUUAUAAGCACACUCGUUCGGCCUUGAAGGAAACCAUAGAACGAGUUGCGUAUAGUGAUCUCGGUGUCAGCUACCCUGGUCUAUUUUCAGCUUUCCAGUACGCUGAAGAUCUCAAACUUGCUAUGCUGGACCAAAUCUCGGAAUCCGUUUCCGACUGUGAAAACUUCGCCCGUGCAAGGACCGUUCAGGGCGUCGCUUAUGUCCAGCAGCUUGGAAUAUUGCACGUUGGGGAGGACAAGUUCACUCCUCUCAGCUUCCGAGCUGACAAUAUGUUCCGCAAACGUCGUCAUACUCUUGCGAGACAGGUCGAUGCCCAAGUUGAACUUUGGGACUUUGUGGACAUCCCUGGACUCUGGGAAAGGCAAGAGAAGGUUGCUGGAACAGGAUUUGCAAUGACAGCUGUCACCGUCCUUGGUGGACGUGCAAUCGGUGGCUUUGGAUGGGUUGAUGGUGUUUUUGGCGCAGCAAAGGUGCUAGGCUCGAACAACAUGAGACGAAUGAUCGUCCCCGGAAUUGUUGCUGCUGCUUUCCUAGCUGCAGCCUACAUUAUUUCUUCCAUUCCACAGACUCUUCCGCCUCGGCUCUCACGCAAAUUGGCGGAAAGUCUGACCGAAGUGGAUUACAUUCACUCCAACGCGUCCAGAAUCGCUAAUGAGGUCCGUCGUGUUCUGUGGAUGCCAGCCACCAACCUGCAGGCCAGUCUGGCCCAGGGCAUUGAAGACCUCGCACGCCGCCGUGAAGACGUCAGCAAAGUUCAGCAGGAAAGCGAAGUUGCAAAGAAAUACUUUGCUGACCUGUUCCGUGAGUCUGAAAAUAGUCGAAGGACUGUGGACCAGGUUGAGCUGGAAGGUCCCCUUCCUGCAGCUUUAACCCAUUAA